AUGCUCCGGAUCAGAAAGCGCCUAAACGCAAUAAUUCACCAUGGACGCUCCUCGGGACACCAGCCAGAAAUAUUGCGCACGCGCACUCGUCACCGACCACUCCUCCCGCGGUGUCUGUGUGGCGUUUGUCUAGUAUUCCGGGUGUGUAGUAAGUUAUUCAAUUAUUACAGACCUACUUGCACUUACUUGGCACGUGGGUCGUGCAGUUGCUUCAACGUCUCGACAAUCUGUUCGUUCGCUGCAUUCGCUCGUCGUAUGGCGGCGUUUGUGGAGUACGACGGCUGCAACUUCUUGCGGCAGCGCCUAAUGCUGGCGACUCUCAGCUCCAAAGCCGUCCGGAUAAGCAACAUCCGCGCACAUGAAGACAACCCUGGACUGAGAGAGUUCGAAGCUAGCUACAUUCGCCUUUUGGACAAACUAACGAAUGGCGCAACUAUAAAAAUAAAUGAAACAGGAUCUGUAUUGACAUACAUACCUGGGAUUAUUCUCGGUGGACGAGUGGAACACGACUGCAACGAUGAAAGAGGCAUUGGGUAUUACUUGGAAGGUGUAAUGGCUCUGGCUCCCUUUUCUAAAGUUCCCUUUCACCUCACUCUUCGUGGAGUAACCAAUAACAACAAAGAUCCAUCAGUCGACUUCAUUCGGGUGUCCACUCUUCCCUUGCUGAGAAGAUUCGUUGCCGGGGAAGGGCUGGAACUGAAGGUAAAGAAAAGGGGUGUUCCUCCUAUGGGAGGAGGAGAGGUCAUUUAUGUAUGUCCAACUUUAAGAGUGGUCCGUCCAUUGCAAUUGUCUGAUGGGGGAAAAAUAAAGAGAAUCAGAGGCACAGCUUUUACUGUCAGAGUGGCUCCGGCGCUCGCAAACAGGAUAGUCGAUGCUGCAAGGAAUGUCCUUAACAAAGUGAUACCAGAUGUUUACAUUUAUACUGAUCACUUCAAAGGAGUAGAUGCUGGAAAGUCACCUGGCUUUGGAUUAUGUCUAGUUGCUGAGUCUACGACAGGAGUUAUGUUAGCAGUCGAUCAGACAGCUAAUGAAAAAUCUGACAGUCAGGAUCACAGUCUUCCUGAAGAACUUGGACAAAAAACUGCCAUGAUGUUGUUGGAUGAAAUAUGGCGGGGAGGGUGUGUGGACUCUAGAAAUCAGACGCUGGCGUUGCUUUUCAUGGCUCUGGGUCAACGUGAUGUAUCACAAAUUGUAAUUGGAGAGCUCACGACCUACACGGUUGAGUUCCUGCGGCAUCUACGAGACUUCUUCCAAAUAGUAUACAGAAUACAACCGCAUCAUACGAAGCAACAGUCUGCUAGCAAGUCUGGACCAGAAGAAGUCGAAGAAAACAGUGAAGACGAGGAGGUAGCAGAGACGGGACCCAAGUAUCUAAUGUCGUGUGUAGGUGCCGGAUAUACAAAUCUCAGUAAAGCAAUAUUGUAGUGUCAUAAUUUGAACCUCUUAUUACA